CUACUCUCCACUUACAAGGCCACCAUGGAAAUCUCAAAGGAAGCAUUAUAUGAAGAAUUUGAGAACUAUUCCUACACGGUAGAAUAUUACUCCCAGGAGUCUGAUUCAGAGGAGACGCUGCACCUGGGAAUCAUUCACUGGAUCUCCCUGCUGUUACAUGUCCUAGCAUUUGUUCUGGGGAUUCCAGGAAACGCCAUUGUCAUUUGGUUCAUGGGAUUCAAGUGGAAGAAGACAGUCACUACUCUCUGGUUCCUCAAUCUGGCCAUUGCAGAUUUCGUUUUUGUGCUCUUCCUGCCCCUCUACGUCUCCUACAUGGCCUUGAAUUUCCACUGGCCCUUUGGCCUGUGGCUUUGCAAGGCUAACUCCUUCAUUGCCCAGCUGAACAUGUUUUCUAGUGUUUUCUUCUUGACAGUGAUCAGCCUGGAUCACUAUUUCCGCUUGAUCCAUCCUGUCUUGUCUCAUCGGCACCGGACCCUGAAGAACUCACUGGGCGUUGUUAUAUUUGUCUGGCUUUCGGCUUCUCUGCUUGGAGGGCCUGUCCUGUACUUCCGGGACACUGUGGAGGUCAAUAACCACAUUAUUUGUUAUAACAAUUUCCAGGAGCACGACCCUGCCCUCACCUUGGUAAGACACCAUGUUCUGACCUGGGUCAAGUUCCUUUUUGGCUACCUCUUCCCUCUGCUGACAAUGAGCUUGUGCUACUUGUGUCUCAUCUUCAAGGCAAAGAAGCAAAACAUUCCCAUGUCCAGCAAGCAUUUUUGGACAAUCCUCUCUGUGGUCAUUGCCUUCAUGGUCUGCUGGACUCCUUAUCACCUGUUUAGCAUUUGGGAACUCAGCGUCUACCACAACAGCUCUUUCCAUCAUGUCCUGCAGAGCGGGGUCCCUCUCUCUACUGGCUUGGCAUUCCUCAAUAGCUGCUUGAACCCCAUCCUUUACGUUCUAAUUAGCAAGAAGUUCCAAGCUCACUUCCGGGCCUCUGUUGCUGAGGUACUCAAGCAUUCUCUGUGGGAAGUCAGCUGUCCUGGCACAGUGAGCGAACCGCUCAGGAGCGCUGGAACCAAGAGCUUGUCUCCCCCAGAAACAGCCCAAUGAGUCCUGUGUUCCCGGAAAUCAGCAUGGUGUCUUCACGGGAUCCCGGUGACAAAUCCUGUCAGAUGAAGCUUCGUUCUGAUCUAAACUGGCCAUAUUUCUGUUGUUUUCGUUCAGUGUAUUGGCCUUAUACUUUUGUGUGGGCAUAAAAUGUAGGAUUUCUUCCCCGCAAUUUAAAUGAUGCAUCUUUCUGGCUGCCCUCUGGUGGCAAUUGUGAUACUGACAAGCUAAACUUUUCUCCCUCUGCCUGCGUCUAUAUCUAUGUAUCAGAUUAACUAAAUCAUUUUUGUAAUGCAUACCACAUUACAUUAAUCAUCUUGAAAAAGUAUCAGGCUCACUUUUAUUUGCUUUUGGGUCAUUUUGUGCAUGCAUGCGUGUUCAUGUGCGUGCAGGUACACAUGUAUGAACUGUGGUAAGCAAACCUUGAGAUUGUUGCUCCUCAGGAGCCUCCCACCUAAUUUUUUUGAGACAGAGUCUUUCACUUGCCUAGAGCUCACCAAGCAGGCUAAGAUGGCGAGCCUGCAAGUCCCAGAGAUCUCCUUAUCUCCUCCACCUCCCCAACACUGAGACUGCAUGCAUGCAUGCCACCAUGCCAGGCUUUUUCUAAUGUGUGCUGAACUCAGGUUUUCCUUGAAUGCACUUUACCAGCUCAGCAUCUCCCCAGUUCCCUGAUCACCUUUGCAGUUACCAAAGGGGAAAUUAUCAAAAGACUUUG